CUAGGCGUCUGUCUCGUCACAAUUGCGCGGAACCUCAUUUCCAGUCUCGCGUCCCUUGGAAGAGGUCCUCGCUUCCUCCCUUAUUUCCCCAUCGUGCCACCAUACCAUGUAAACAGUGGUGUUCCCAUGUGUCACAAACAAUGUGUUAAUUACUGCAAGUGAGGAGUAAUUCCUUACAAUGAAAUCAAAAGACAUGUCGGAAGAAGAUCCUAAUUCCGAUGAGGUGGUCCCGAUCCCAGUUCAGAUAUUCCUGUGGAGACAAACCACGCCGUUCGUGAGACCGCGCCUAGGCAAAGUCCACGAUGCGGCCUGCAUGUUCUGUCAACGUGCUCCCGGACACCAUGAAGUGAAAGAAGCUUGUAAGUCAUUUGAGAAAGUACUAGUCCAGAACUUGCGUUUUGGACUAUCUAUAAGUCUAGCGGACGCUAUAGGAUCUAUUCCACGAUGGAGACUGAUACAAGCCUCGCUGCCUCACGUGAUGCAUGCCUUGGCUGCUCUGUUACACAACAGAGUGAAAGACAACAUGCAGUCGCUGGGCAAUGUGGAAACCAAGUUACUUUACACCUUGCACUGGAUCCUCCUUGACGCAUCAGAUGAAUGUAUUGAAGCCGACUAUGAAAAUGGAGUGUUCUACUCGAAUCCUUUCCAUUAUCUCUUCUCUAUACCUGCUUUAACCCUGUUUGUGUUCCUGUUUGCACCCCUGUCUCACCACCUGAAAGAGUCAGACUUCACAAACAACUAUCGGUUAGAGAAUGGUCUUAAGAUGUGGCAAGCUAUGUGGGAGUUCAGGCACCCUGAAGCCCCAUGUUUCACCACACUGGUCAAGCCAAAACCCAAGCCUUUAGGUGGCAAGUAUUCCAAGAGACAUCAACCAGGCGACGUGUUUAUGGGACGUAAAUUGUCUAAAGAAGAAGGCGGUGGCGGUAAUGUGAAUGGCAGUCCGCCGAGUCAGAACGUGUCUAUAUCGCAGUCGGAAGUGACGUCAAAACAGGCCAGUACUGAAGAGGAACCGUGGCUGUCUUCACCCAAGGACACUAUAUUCCCUGAAACUAUACCUGAAGAGAGUUCUAGUACUGAAGAAGAGCAUGUGUUUAUCUACCGACUACCAUCGGAACAAAACUUUGGAGGCGCAGUGAAAGAAGCCUACACGGUGUACGCGGCUGAUCCAAGUAUAUUUCAACCACGAAAAACUGAUACAUCGAAGCAGGGACUACCGGGUAUCAAACCUUUGCCACAAAUUACGAAAAUGAGUUCAUCGGAUAAAGAGUCAUUAUCGGACAGUGGCGGCGGCGGAGGUGGUCCUACCAAGGAAACACCUACUACAGAAAAGCCGCCUUCUGCUAAACAAGGGAAUGUGUCUGCUGCUACUUUCCUAGAUGUGGCUACAAUGAGAUGCUUGUUUACAUCUCAAUGGCAAGAAGAAGGCGUGUAUUGGGCAUUACACUACUUGUAUAACAGGCUACGAGAUAUAUGCGACGAUAUGUCGAAACAAACGCAACCAAGAAAGAGAAGCAAUUCUUUGCCCAUACCCAAAAUUGAAGUCUCCGUAUACCAGAGCCCAGACAUAAAAGACCGUGACUCGCUAAAGAACUUCAUCGAAGUCCCAGAAGUUAAAGACAUGUCGCCCAUCACAGAGAUGCCAUUCACUUCACCAACCAAAACGGAGGAUGAAAACAUCAUGACGAGAAGGUCCAGUGAGAAAAUAAAAAGGAAAAUGAAAAUGGCCGACCUCAAAGCCUUUGUAGAAACGAAGCUACUGUCCAAGUCGGAAAAGGCUCUAGAGAAAAUCGGACACGAUGACCACAAGUUCUCCUUCCACUCCGCAGUUAGGAUGCUAUCUGAAUACCAUAGGAGCUUGGACAAUACGGAUGACCGUCCUAAUUCGGCGCUUGCGAGCAACUUCCCGCCCCUAGCUCCCAGACUCACGGGCGACAUGUUCCAUUGCAAUCUUAUCAAAGGCAAAAGUAUGCCCAGCCUUAGCUGUUUGAUUGAUGAGCUAGCAUCCAAUGGGUACAUUGAAGAAGUGAAGACGGAACGAACGCAGGGUCCUUCUCACACGAUGCCUACCAACGCACAGAAGAAAAAGAACCCGAUCAUUACUGUGACGGAACAUACGCCAACACCAUCGCCGGAUUAUUUGUCUAAGACUAGACAGGGAUCACUAGAGUCACAAAUAGACUCAGUGAGCAUGCAAGGCUCCCAACAUAUUCCGACGCCUGAACGCAAACCCAGCCUAACUCGGUCGCAAACUGAUUCCAACAUAACAUACGUCGUGGAAGAAAUACAAGAGGCGCCUGGGUCCAUUCACUAUAUUACUAAAGAUGGUGAUAUUGACUUCCAAGUUGUUCUCAAGGCGGUAUACUCAGUGUCAACAAUGGACAGUUUCUAUAUAACUCUCCGCGUCAUGGAAGUUAUGCUGAACUUGGUUGACACUCUCAUGGAAAUGGGGGUUCACAAAAAUUGGCAAACUGGCAAGAAUGAUGAUGUACAACCAGGGAAUAUUGACCCUUUGGGUGAUUUCAAUAAAGAUAAGGACAGCAAAGAAAGAGACUCUGGUAUUCCAUGUGCACCAAGCCAGGACUCCACAAACCUUGAAGGUGGAGAUAGCACAAAGGAGAGAACGAAGGAGGAAGACAACAUGGAUUGCCCUUAUUACAUGAUUAUGCAUGUUAUACUACGACUACUACGUCAACUAGGCUGUUCACACGGUUGCACCAGCGCUCUUCGCGGUCCGCAAGCAGAAUGCUUAAGAGUUCAAGCACGGAACUCCCUUCGCCAACUACGGUCAGCUUCCAUACCGAAGUUCACGACCCGGUUGAAGGAAAUGACCAAGUACGCUCCCAUACGAGAAGUACUGGAUAACUUACAUGCAGCCGUUGGGUUCUGUGCUGAGCCUGCUACUUUGGUAUCGCCUAUGAACCAACAAAAACGUAGCAACACCAAGUCUCCAGAUAUAGGUAAUCUCCAAACUGGUUACGCAACCAACUUCGGCGCUGGCCAGGGUCCGAAUGCAAGCCGCGCAAUCGAGACGUUCAUAAUCGAAACCACGUUCCGAGUACUCGUCACUCGGUUCGCCUUGAUGCAUAAAGAACUGAAAAUGCUUGAUAACUCUACGUUGUACAUGGAAGUUCGUCUGCUACUAAGCUACGUGCGCGAAGCCCACGGUGGAGAGUUCCGAGUGGUAGCGUUUAGCGCACUAAUGGAUACUGCAGAGAGACCUGACAGUCAACAGAAGGAAUCUAAUAUGCAGACUACUAGAGUUAUAAGGCACAUUCCUCGUCAAAGCGAAGAGGAGCGCGGUUCAGACACGGGCGCUGACUCAGGCUGUGCUCCUGAUGAGAGGUCACAUAAGAAAUUCACUUUUAAAAAGAGAAGCACUUCAUCUACGGGAGCUCAUAGCCUCUUAGAAACGGAAGGCGGUGAAGAGUCAGCUAGCCAGUCUCCUCUGUCAGUUCGUACACGACGCUACCAGCUGACGCCGCGGCAGUCAGAGCGAACCAUUCCGUCCGCGUCCUCCGCAGACAUCACACCACACCACAAGAUCUCGCACUCCAAGUCCAUUCCCUCAAAGUUCCACAUCGCUGGCAUUGUGAACUGGUUCCGCCAAAAGCCACAUCAUUCUCAAUCGUUGAUUCGUAACGGAGGUGGGUCUGGCGAAUCUCUCCCGAUCUCAGGCAGUAUGAUAUCACUGGCUCGACCUCCCCAUCUACCACCACCACAUACAUCAAGACCUGUGCAUGUUAAACGAAGAGUUGGCUAUACGUUGAACAGGGCUCGAAAAAGGGUUGAGGAUCGACUAAAUAGAUUUGGUCUGCGGAAGAUGGGAAAGAAGAGAGAUGGUAGUAUUGAAGAUACAAGUGGUGGAUACAUGUCGCGUCGUGGCUCUGCAGAAGGUGGAUCAGGUGGUGGUGAAUCGGAAGUAGUGAUACUAAAGCGCCGGCGUCUAGUAGCGGCCGCGCCACUGUACGCAGGGCUGGCACGGUUCAGUUUCUUGCUGGACGCUACACAGCCUGGAGGAACUCCUGACGCACUUUUCAUGGCUGCGUUGUUAGAUUUGCCUCACACAGUUGUUGUUGCAAGAGCUGCGAUGUUACUAGAAUGUGCUCAUCUAGUACACAACUGCAACAAGGGUCAGUGGCCUUAUUGGCUCAAAUCUAACACUUCUAAAGCUGCUGUAUCCUUAAAUCCUCAACUAAAGAGACAACGUCUGGCUGGAAAACUAUUUUACCAAUGGGCUGAGGCGCUAGGAAACAGAUUGGAAGAAAUGCUGAUUGAAGACAAGAAGCACGUCGAUACCGUUGUGAACUUAGUGAACGAUCCUGAUGGACAGCGCGAACUUCUGCAGCAAGACGAAGAAGAAGACUUUCUUGAUGAAGCCAGUAUACGCCUUCCUGGAAAACCAGUUGGUGCCGACUGUCCCCGAGCCCUCAGAAUAAUUGCUUGCGUACUUCUAUUCGAAAUAACUGCAUUCCUACGCGAAACCUACCAAAACCUACCCAAGACUUGCCGAUCCUCUUUAAAGGAAAGAGGACCUUGGGACCGAGUUUACAGAUGGAUGGAAAAACGACGUAUUUUGUGUAAGACUAAGGCUCUUAGCAGUCAACACACAUUAAUGCCAGUCGAGGAAGCUAACCGUCGAUGGAGUAUGGCUCUGUCGAGCAUGGGCCACUCUCAGGCGUCUGCGCAAAGUUUACAAUCUAUUGCGGGAGCGGAGACUGAGAGGAAAAUAUCGUUCGUCCUGCACGAACCUGAGAAUGUAUCUGGUGGGAGUAAUGUAACCUUAGCGGACGCGAUACCUCCAGCAGUUGAUGACAAGAAGGGUCGUCUCGGUUCUCGUGGCAAGGCAGGCAUGCAUCGUCGGAAUACACAACAAACACACUCAGCUUACGGCUCGUUCAAACGACGAUCUAUAAAGCUUAGGCAGAAAGAUACUAGAGACGUGGUUGAUGAGUUUGUAACACGAAGGUCUGAUUCAAUACAAAGCAGACGGAAAGUGUCUUCGCUAUCUGAUAGAAGUGACACUUCCGAAGUUUACCCUGGAGCAGGUGGCACCGUAAUAAUGUCAAAUGAAGUGGAUAGUGGAGGCGAGGAGAGUCCGGGAGUACUCUCUGAUGACCACGACCAUCCUCCGGACAGCCCUGACAGCAAUUCUACAGACCCACCUGAUACUAAUAAAGGAUUCCCAUGGCUCAAGGUUAUGGUCAAGUUCUUAAACUCUUUCAACUACGUAUGCUGUCAUCAGAACUUCUGCCACCCUUAUUGCUUCAGACGAAACAUGAGAGCCAGUGUUAGGCUUAUGAAAUCUGUUCAGAAGAUAUAUGGCGAGAAAUUUGGUCCGGAAAUCAAUACGACGAGCUCAGAUGAAGGAAACGGUGGGACGCGAAGAGGACGGCGGUCACGCAAGUCCUCUGAGCAUUCCACAGAUAGGUAUACUCAGAUUGAAAGGUCAGUAAUCGAGAGCGCUGGCUUAGCGUACCGUGCGGCGGGUGGAGAACAGACUAAUGUAGCUUCGGAAGGAGUGCCUACAAAACCGGCUGCAAUGCCGUAUCCACCAGCAGAUCCACCACCGAUCCUCAAAUACUUGAAAGGACAGGUCCGAGACGCCUACCACACGCCUCUAGCAACACUAAUCAAAGGCGCGACCACUAUGGGUGAAGAAAUGUUCGCAGAAUGUGCGCCCGUCGCAUGGCAGUUGUUAUUGGAAUCUGAUCGAGAACUGAGUUCGUGUGCCGCUGCAUUGUUCAUUCUAGCUGCGGUAAAGGCACCUAACACUGCCACUGAGAUCAUGCAUAAUGACUUGAAACAUGCUGAGCCGAGUACAAGAAUAAACGCCAUCCUAAGAUUCCAAGUAAUGUGGAAGUUACGAUACCAAGUUUGGCCGCGUAUGGAAGAAGGUGCCUCAGUGACUUUCAAAGUUCCGCCUCCAGGCAUAGAGUUCACUUUACCUUCUCCUAAGAUCGGUAUCGAGUCGCUGGCAGUCGUGGAUCCACCGUGGACCCCACAAGUUAAGGAUAAAGAUAUGGAGAUGACGUUGAAUCAAGAGAGACAUCGUUCUCUAGUAACAGCAACGAAAACACGUAAGAAACAGCAAACAGAGGCAAUAAAGCGAGCGUUACAACAACGUAAUGAUAAGAAACGCGCGGAACGAGAGAGUUUCCUCAUCACGACUAUACCGAUCACGAGGCAAGCUGCUAGGGAGCCGGCGUUAGACCAUGCUGCAGAUGACCAUGUUGAUCCACCAGCGGAUGAGGAAUUGGUAGAAGGUGUGCGUGGGUCCCAUCACACACAAGUAGCGUCAGCGUUAUUCCCUUCGACUUUGUGCUCGGCUGUGGCUGAGAUUGUGUCUCUGCUAGACGACGCUGCUGUUUCUAGAGAUGGCUGUUCCGUUUAUGAAGUCGCUUACCAGGUGAUCUGGUGUUGUCUCGUAGAAGACUCAGCGCUCUUCCUACGACAUGUCCUAGAACGAUUGACUCGAGACCAUCAAGACGAAAUGUUCAAGUUACUGCGCCAUUUAAUUCGGUUCAUACCGCGGUUACCGCAACAAGCCGCGUUUGCGCUGUAUAACUAUAUCAUAGGAUACGUCAUGUUCUAUGUGAGGAGUCCCCAUGAAGAAGGACAGAGGCUGGUCGGAGCUGCGUUGUCGAUAUUGUGGAUGGUGGUACACAGUGUUCACGGUAUAAUGUUUAAAGAUUUGAAGCAGAUAUUGCGUAAAGAACAAUGCGAUGCGUCUAUAUUGCUGACGGCUAAUGUGCCCGCGGCAAAGAAGAUCGUUGUCCAUGGCCCACCCGACAACGAAGGUUGCAUACCGUCUCAGUUCCCAGUUCAAGAAGACACGGUGUUUGCGCAAAUAUUAAAAGAGUCUUUAGAUUUCUUUGGCAUUCCAGAAAAGCUGCAUAAGGAACAUUUCCUCGUUGAUUUCAAAACACGUCAAAUCCACAAUCCGCAAGGCUACGUGCGUGACCACUACUUCUUCAAGCGCUCGCAAUACCCACAACUCUGCUUAGUACACAUGGAACCCGACGAAGCGUUCCAAAAACUCCAAGAACAGGAACUCUUGCAGAAAUUCGUUGAAAUCGGAAAAGUAUUGCUAACUUGGGCUAUUUUGAAGAACGUUGAUAUGGUGGUACAACGUGUAGUAUUUCUUCACGAUGAACUUAUGAAGCUACCGUCGUUUCCCCGCAAGGCUUUGGAAGCUGACUUAGUUCUAUACAGUCGUGGAGCCCUGGGCUCCACCCUGCUAGGCCUAGAUGUGUUACACAAGUUCAUGUGGGUUCGCCUCAUAGCUCGUAUGUUCGAAGCAAUGGCCGGUAACUUCACAUCAUCUCGCGACAUUCACUUGUUCCUGAACGUCCUCAACGGAGCUCUCAUGCUGCACAGUGAAGAUUCUCUAAUACUAAGAUAUGUGAUCGCUACUUAUGUCAAUGCUGCAUUCAAUUUCAAGAGCAUUUUCUCUACAAAUGGGUAUUUACUCAUCAUGCCAACUCUACUGCAAAUAUAUUCUAAUUUCCAAACAAAUAAAUUGGUAACAACCACAAUAGAAUACGCUGUCAAACAGUUUUACUUGUUGAACCGAAAGCCAUUCAUACUACAAAUGUUUGGAUCCGUGUCCGCCAUUUUGGAUACAGAUGAGGAAUCUACUUAUGGAGAUGCUAGUAAGGUUCAAUCCAGCUGCCUCUUCAACUUACUCCUAAGUCUGGAGACACCGUCGCCUGACCCUCUCCACAUCGCUGAACUGAUCAAGGAAGAGAAGCCACUAAAGCCAAUAGACUUCUGUUAUCGUGAUGAAGAGGAAAUGGUGAAUGUGUUGGACUGCAUCAGCCUUUGUGUCAUGGUGGUAUCCUACUCGGCUGAAAGUAUGAGGGGGUAUCAGAUGCUGAUCAUAUUAGAAGCAAUACUGCCAUGCUACGUGAAACAAAUACAACUACCGACAUACAACCGCGAAGGCAAGACGGAGAAAGAGAUCAUCCAACAACUGGCCAUUGCUAUCAAAACGCUCGUCAACAACUGCGAGGGACUUUCUAAAUCGUACAACGGCCCUUAUAGAACGUCUCCGGAACAUAAAGGUUCGUCACAGAGGACGGGGCCUCGCACGGCUGCGGCUACUAUCAUCGCCUUUGAGGAGUCGCACUCUAAGUACGAUAACUCUAAGAUGCCUGUUCCUGAGUAUACUGGCGCUGAAGAUUCAGAGCUGGUUCGAGCAGAGUAUCGCAGGCCACGCGAUGUUUUACUCUCGCUGGUAGGAGAAUUCAUCGGCCGAGCGACUAGCCGUUUGCUAGAAAUCAACGGCUCGAACCGAAGCGGAGGUACGGAAGGCAAACCCGUUGAACUGUUGGAUUCCAAAUCACAUGCUCGUCUAGCAGAAAUAGCACACUCGUUACUGAAAGUGUCUCCCUACGACCCGGAGUCCAUGGGCUGUCGAGGUUUGCAGCGAUACAUGACACAAGUACUACCCGCUGCAGACUGGGCUGACGAUGCCUUACGACCGGCUCUCAUCAUGAUACUGAGAAGACUGGAUAAAGUGUUCCUCAAAAUUGCUAAGAAACCUAGCAUCAGGAGAAACACCGAUUGGGACUCAGCAGCAGUUCUACUGAAAGGAGUUUACGAAACUAUGAUACGAUGCCCCUAUAUAAUGCAUUGGCAACAUGUGAAAACUCUUCUAAAUACUGUUCAAGCUCUAAUAGUAUCAGACAACAACAGCGGCGAGAACUUAUCAUCAGCUACUGCAGCGCUAAUGUCGCAGCCACCCCCUCCACAUUUCUGCAGUACUGUCGUGCGACUAAUCGCAUUGCAAAUCAUUAAUACAGGGGAUAGUUAUUCCCUGGAACAAAUGUGUGGAGGCAGCGCAUCGUUCCCCACAGGAGAAAAAACAGAAAACAUGUUGAUGAAUCUCUUCAUGCCACUCUGUUUGCGUGUCGGAAGUGGUAGGAAAGACGUACCACCCCUCCGCCAAUCAGACGUAAGCUACCUAGUAUCGGUAGUACUAAACGCGUUGUGUCCCCCGGCGCCGCCCGGACAACUGGCUGCAGUGAACGCCAAGCUCAAUGCUUCCGACAACCGCGCCAACUCACUCACAUUCACUGGCAGUAGAGAUGCAAGGAAUACUACACGAUUGUCUAAUCAACUGUAUAGGAUUGCUUUCUUAGCACUGAAAGUGAUGUGUGCGUGCUUCACAAGCGAGCUAUGUACGGAGUGGGGCCGCAUCGCGCGCGCCAUGCGGGACCUCGGCCGGAGGAACGAGGCCGCCCACCAUCUCUGGGACUUCCUCGAACAUGUCGUCACAUACAGGACGCCGCUAUAUAUCUUGUUGCAACCGUUUAUUGUGCAUAAGCUAUCACAACCACCAAUCGGUGACAACGAGCGCCACAUGCAGUUUGUAGUACGGGAGCGAGUACGAGGACUCAAGCUACCCGCCGCACGGGCCAGGGGGGCGCUACUGGCUGAACUAGCGAGGGAACUCAGGCAUAUGAGGGAUACACAUGACCAGUAUAAGUUCGAACAAAUAGCAGAAAACCUGGGUCAGGCGGCUGGGAAACGAGCCUCGGAAGUAUUCCCUCGUACUACAACGGUACCGGACAAGCACCAACAACAUAGACCCUCGCUGAUAUCCAUGCUGGUGGGCCGCGGGGGCACUGGAGGACUACCGCGCACUCCCGACCAUCCUUCUGCACCCUUGUCUGCGCAAAGAGAGUCACUAUCAAGCAGUUCAACUACAAGUCAACACAUGCCUACAUUUGAGGCGCAGCUCAAUAGCGGCCGAAUGAGCGACAACAGUAAUAACAACGCUGGCAGUGGCAACUCUCAUAUGGGUUCACUGAAUAACUACGGAAGUGAUAAGCCGACCGCUAGUACUCCGUCCUACACAAGCACACAGACCAAACUGCGGUUUGUUCCUUCGGUGGAACUGAAGUUCACAUCCGGUGAAACAUCAAUGAGUCCACUGUCCCCAAUGUCCCCGGGCGAAGCGUCUUGCGGUGAGAGUGUUCCUGCGAGGGCCUCCCUGGACAGUGACCUGUUGGUGGGAGAUCACUCCGACACUCCCGACGCAGGGGAACGACCACGGUUACAACGAGCACAUGGACCUUCGAAGAAGACAUUCAAAUUCCGACGUAGUAGGCACACGAAGCCUGAUGUGAGCCACGUCCGCCUGGAAUCAGACGAUGGUUCCUCCCCUGGGCCAGAGACUACUCCCCUACGUCGCGCCUGGUCACAACCGCCCUUCCUGCAACCAGCCUACAUCAACACCGACACUUCAUACGACAGUGAAAUCUCGCAGACGUCGUCCACGUCUGGAUACAGGCUAGCAUUACCCAACCUUCAGGAGAGCUACAGCCUGCAGGCGUCGAUGACGGAGUCUCCGGGCGGCAGCGCGCGCGUGGCGCUGGCGUCGCCGGAGGCGGGCGAGGCGGGCGAGCGCGCCGACCGCUCCUGCAGCGCCACGCCGCACGCCAGCCCCGACGGUAAACAACCCUUCCUUCUCUAAGCUGCGAGUCGGGAACAUCGUCAGCAGAACGGACCGCCUUACUUGGUGCUGCAAGCCAGCGUUCUCUAUUGUUGAGUAGCGACUUGCGAGAUGAAGACACUCUACUUUGAAUACUUAUUACUAUGCAGCAGUGGCAUCUGCUAAUCUAACCAACACUUGGAAGAAAAGAAUAAAGAUACAAGGAUUGAGGUUUUGAAACCAUUCAAGAGUUAUACAUACUUGUAUAGGCAGGUGACAAUUUUGACUGAAAUGUUGAAAAAUGACUAAUAAUAGCGUAAUUUCCAUUCCUCUUUUAUAUUGUUAUAGAAAUGUCUCACAAGUUUAAAUACUAAAUAAGAUUUAUCAAGCACAAAACUUGAAUUACUGAGGUUAGAAACAAUGUACUUUUUAGAUCAUGUGGUUACCAGAUAGAACUUGUAACACCAAAUAAAUAAAAGUUAGACUUUUGAAUAUUAUUAGUAGUUAAAUGUCGUCCUUAGAUAUCUAUUAUUGUUAUAACAGUCAAUGAAUACUAGUCUAAUAUAAAUUGAUAGUGAUGUCAUAGUUGAAAUACUACAGAGUCUAGUUUAAUAAGUUCCUAAGUUACAUUUUUAGACAACUUUAAUAGACACAUUUGUUUCUAA